AUGAAGGCGAUCUACAUCAAGAACCGACUGCCUUCACCCAAGAUCGACCACAAGACUCCGUUCGAGAUCGUGUACAAGUCGAAACCAAGUAUCAAGCACAUGCGUGUGUUUGGAUGUUAA